AUGACUCUCAAGCCCAUCACCGUCUGGGGCCAUGGCCCCGGCCCCAAUCCCUGGAAAGUGAUCAUGGUUCUGGAAGAGCUGAAAAUUCCCUACACGCACAAUAUCAUCCCUUUCCCAGAUAUGAAGAAAGAGCCAUUCGAGUCCAUCAACCCCAACGGCCGCGUCCCUGCAAUCCAAGAUCCCAACACCAACAUCACGCUCUGGGAAUCUGGCGCGAUUGUCGAAUACUUGGUUGAAACAUACGACAAGCAAAACACCAUCAGCUUCCCCGCAGGCUCUAAGGAAUACUACCUCGCCAAACAAUGGCUCCAUUUCCAGGUAUCUGGUCAAGGUCCGUACUUCGGCCAGGCUGUUUGGUUCGCCCGUUACCACUCGGAGAAGGUGCAAAGCGCAAUUGACCGCUACCUCAAUGAAAUCCGCCGUGUUUCUGGCGUGCUUGAACGCGCCCUGCAAGGGAAGGAGUACCUCGUCGGUGACAGGUUCUCAUAUGCCGAUGUUUCUUUCGUUCCUUGGUAUGUGUGUGCUAUCCAAUAUGAGCUUGAUGAGAAGCUUGAUAUGGAUAAGGAUUUCCCCACUGUCGCUGCUUGGUUGAAGCGGGUGCAGGAACGUCCUUCUGUUGCUAAGUCGGUUCGGGAUCGGGCUGAGGCUUCUGCGCAGCGCUAG